AUUUGCUCGCAGAAUCGCCACGUGAUCAGAGGCUGGCUGGAUUUAUUUCUAGUCUAUAUCUAUGGUGCUACCGACGAAGCUGCUGCAGCGAUUAUAGAUAGUAGGAUAACUGUUUUGUCGGGCCCGAUCGCAUUACCUUAUAGGUUUGCUAAACUCAUAGUGUGUAACAUCAUCAGUUAUUUUUACACCAACCCACCAGUCAAAAAGAGGAUGGCUAACACUACAAGGUGAAACUCGUACUUGCAAAAAGCCUGGGCCUUCAUCGCCACUGAAGACAAUAAAUGCAUGUGACAAGACAGCCUUCCUGACCAUGUUAAGACUGUAUUGAAGAUUUUUUGAGGUUACCCAAUUCUUCACUGUGUAAUCUGCAUUAAGUAAGUCAUGCCGCUGGUAAAGAGGAAUAUCGAUCCAAGGCACUUAUGCCGAGGGCCAGUGCCUGAAGGAAUUAAUAGUGAACUGGAAUGUGUGACAAACAAUACUCUUGCUGCUAUUAUCCGGCAACUCAGCAGCCUUAGCAAACAUGCUGAAGACAUAUUUGGAGAACUUUUUAAUGAAGCCAACAACUUCUACAUCAGAGCGAAUUCCCUACAAGACCGAAUUGAUCGUCUUGCUGUCAAAGUUACCCAGCUAGAUUCUACAGUGGAGGAGGUUUCAUUACAGGAUAUAAACAUGAGAAAAGCCUUCAAGAGUUCCACAAUUCAGGACCAACAAGUCAUAUCCAAGAGUUCCAUUCCUCAUCCGGUGGCUGAUAUGCACAACCUGAGUGACAAACCUCCUCCGCUAAACAUCUUGACACCUUACAGGGAUGAUAAGAAAGAUGCUAUGAAGUUUUAUACAGAUCCAUCAUACUUUUUUGACCUGUGGAAGGAAAAGAUGCUACAAGAUACAGAAGAUAAGAGAAAAGAGAAAAGGAGACAAAAGGAACAGAAGCGUGUUGUAGAUGGCAGUGCCCGUGAGGUGAAAAAGGUUAGAAAAGCCAAGAACAGGCGUCUGGAAUGGAAUAUGAUGGCGUAUGACAAAGAACUCAGACCUGACAACAGGUUAUCUCAAAAUGUGUACCACGGGGCAUCAUCCGAGGGAUCACUUUCCUCAGAUACGAGGUCACAUGCAUCUGACCUGACAGAUUACUCAUAUCCAGCAACUCCAAACCACUCUGUUCAUCAGCAGUCGGUCGUACCUGCUCCUGUAGCAGGGGACAGCCAGCAGCACAUACCUUUGAACCAAAUCGGUGACCAUGACUUCAGACCCUCCACUGUGGCACUGAGACAGCCUAGCCUGAACAGGCCUCAGCAGCCUCCUCCACCUCCACCUCCAACCAGCGACGGACCAUUGAAAAAUGCAGUGCCAGUCCUGCCUGUUGAUUAUGGAAUGGCUCCACCUCAGAUAAUGGAAUACUGUGGUCCUGCAGCUCCACCCCCACCUCCCCCUCCCCCUGUCAUUCCAUCUGCGCAAACUGCAUUUGUCAGCCCUGUCCAGGUGCCUACACCUCAGCCUACCCAUCCUGUACCAGUGACUGGAUUUACAUACACUCCUGUCCUCCAGCCUGGGCCAGUAGCUGCAUCUCCUCCUCCACUGGGACCUCCACCACCUCCUCCACCAGGACCUCCUGCACUGGGGCCUCCUGUUACUUCCUCUCCUUUGCAUGGGCCACCAGGAUCUGAAACUAAACGUGCUGAUUCAGCUAAUCCUCCAGUUAGUGAUGCUCGAAGCGAUCUCCUGGCUGCUAUUCGCAUGGGCAUCCAGCUAAAAAAGGUUCAGGAACAGCGAGAACAGGAAGCAAAGCGAGAACCCGUUGGGAAUGAUGUGGCAACAAUCCUCUCCAGACGUAUUGCUGUGGAAUACAGUGAUUCUGAUGAUGAUUCUGAGCUGGAAGAAAAUGACUGGUCUGACUGAAGUGUUUUGUCCAAUAAAAAAAUAGUGAACCUCCUACAAUUAAUGCACAAAGCAGAUAAUUUCAGCUCGUACAGCUGUAAUGCAAAUGUUUGGAACAGAAUGUUGAUAUGUUAAGACAUUUAAGCACAAGUUCUUCAAUAUAUAUUCAUAUGGAGUAUUAUGUAUUGAUAUUCUGUAAUGUAGUCACUUUUGUACGAAUAUUGUGAUUAUGCUUAAUACAAAUACUUCACAAACAAUUUUUAUUACAGCUUUUCUGAUAUUUAUCCAUUGAUGUAGUUGAUGUUUGGUACAAGAGUAAAAUGCAAUUUCAUAACCAAGUCAGUAUUGCCAUAUAAUAAUUUUAAUUAAGAAGUCCCUUUAAUUCUCUGAAUUUUCCCAGAGUGGACAUUUUGGUAAAAAAUAAUGAUAAGCAUUAAAUAAUCAUAAUAAUAAUAAUAAUAAUAAUAAUAAUAAUAAUAAUAAUAAUAACCAUAAGAACAUGUUUACUUAUUAAGAAAUGUGGGUUGAAGCAACCUGCAGAAAUAUUUUAGUUUCCCAUUCCUAAAUGCAGAAUAUCCUUUGUGUUCAGUAGAGAAUCGGUAUUAUAUCUGAUUGUGUCAUACUGGAAACUGGGUUAAAAGCAGUCAGUUACAAAAUGUUCCUGGAACGCAUGCAGACAAUGUGUGUGAGGUAUUUUGUUAGCUGGCUUAUCUAGGUUGGCUGUUACUUCUUGUAAACUGACAGUUCAGACACUUGCAUGCCAAACAGUGUAUUAAAUUUGUUUCUUGAGCAUACCUAAAGUAUAUAUUAAGAAGAGCUGGUAUAUUAUCUUAGAAACAGAAAAGAUAAAAUACCACAGAGUUACAGUAUUAACAAUUUUGGCAGUAUGAAGUUUUUUUGUGAACGCUCAUUAUAUUGACCAUUAUUGCUUGUAUUUAUAACUAAUACAUUACAGUGUGAUUUACAGUGGGCUUGAAAACUUUACACAAAAGAAUGUCCAAACUGAUUGUAGUCAGACAAAACCCUGUAAAUUUAAAAUGCUCAGUAUGGUCACUUUUUGUUCUUAUCAGUACUUCGCUUCAGUUUUAAAAAUAAGAACUGGAGUUAGCAAACAUUUUACUGUUCAGUCAGUAUUAAUAAUACUCUGUGAAAACUGUAUAACAGAUCAUGUCAAAUUCACUUAAAAUAAAACAUUUUUUCUUAUAA